GCUCAGCUAACUGUAACGACAGGGCGGUUAGGUUGUUAUUUGUUGUUUAGACUAGUUACGCUUGCUAUUCACUGUGGGCCUAAAUAAAAUUACUUAAAAUGGAAAAAUCUGCACAUUUACCACCUGGUGAAAAGGACCAAGGCAAUUAUUAUGGACCCCCACCUGCUUAUAAUGAUGCCCCAGUGGGAGGUGCACCAUAUCCUGCUCAAGGAGGUGCACAGUACCCCCCUCAAGGAGGUGCGCAGUACCCCCCUCAAGGAGGUGCGCAGUACCCCCCUCAAGGGGGUGCACCAUAUCCUACACAGUACCCCCCUCAAGGCUAUCCUGCUGGAGGAACAACAUACCCCAGUUAUCCCAAUUACCCCAUGGGCUAUCAACAGGGACAGUAUCAACAGACAUCAAACACUGUUGUGGUGACACAGCCUACAGGAAACUAUCCAGUUGUAACUGGGCCUGCGCCCCCAGAUCAAAUGUGUGCGGCCAUAUUUGUCACCUUAUGCUGUUUCUGGCCAACUGGAAUUGUGGCCAUCAUGAGGGCCAGUGAUGCAAGAAAUGCCCUGGCUCGUGGAGACCUAGCGUCUGCUCAAGUUCACUCAAGAUCUGCCAGAAGUAUGGUCAUCAUCAGUGUUGUGAUCGGCAUCAUUGCCUUCGUCGUUGCUGCAAUUAUUAUUGGCGUCUAUGUUGGUCUUGCAGUCAAUUCCUCGUACAGUACUUAUAAUAGUCGGGGCUAGUAGGUUCAACAAGAGGUUAGACAUGUUUUUGCUGAUAUUGGUGUGUUUUAAGCUUCAAGAUUAGAAGUCAUACAACAAUAGCAGAUACCAGUAAGUAAACUGAAAAUAUUUCUGUAUAAGGAUAUCAAUUUUGAGUUUAACGAGACUUUGUUUUAAAUUACUGGUUGACCACAUUGUGUGGUUUUUAAACUGUUUUGACUAAAUUUUUGUCUGUCUUAAGAUGUAACUAUUUAACAAACAAUGUAUUCUCUGUUAAUUUUUUUUCAAAUGUAAGCAUUGUUGUUUUUGCAUAAAUUAUUUAUGAGAACAAACUUUUGCCUCAUAAAUUAUUUAUGAGAACAAACUUUUGCCUCACUAUAUUCUGAUUGUGUCUGAAAAAAAAGUUUGUUUACAUAGUGAUUUAAAAUUUAAUAUGAAACUCUAUGAAAAAUUCUUUUUUCAUGUAUUUAAAUUUGUUUUAUUAUAUUGCAUAAUUAACUUUACUAUAAUGACACAUGUAUUAAGACUUGGCCAAUUUUAAAUGUUUUCAUUUUUAAUUUGUUGAAUUAUCAAUUUUUGCUGUUAUAUUUUUUUUAAAACUUUAUGCUGGGCAAAGCUCAAGCCAAAUUUUCUGUAGGUUCUAUGGCUAUUCUCGUCCCUCAAGAAUCUCAUAUUCUCUUUUUAAUUUUAAAUGCAGGAUAAAUAUUUUUGUUCUUUGCUAAAACAAAAAAAAAUUGUUGGUUUGAUUAAUUUCUUACUGAAUUGGUAAGAAACAAAUAUUUACCUGCUUUUAAAAAUUUAGUGAAAAGUUGGUUAACCUAGAAAGAUUAUUGAAAUCUUUAAUUAAGACCUGCUCAUCCAGUUUGAUAGUUUAUACCACCUUUGGGUUAGAAUGGAAGGGUGGGCACUUGGACAGUAUGGUCACAAUGGGGUGGGGUGGUGGUGUGGGGUAGAGUGGACAGGUCGGCAUUCGGACUGCAUGAAUGGAUGGAUGGGUGAGCGCUUGAUUGCUGACACAAAAGUCACAUGCUCAGUUCCUGAGCUAGAGCCUGUAGAACAUCUCUGAGUUCACUCAGCUCUAAUGGAUACCUGGGUCUGGAAGAGUGAAAGUAGGUGGAUGUAGUAUUGACCUCACUGUCCUUUCCUAUGCCCUGGUAACAAAAACAAAUAUACUCUACUUGACCAUCAGGUCUAAAAUAGACAUAACCCAAAAAAUUAAAUUGACAACUGAUGUUAGUUAAAUGAUUUUAAAUUUUAGAUAAUAGUUUAUGUUAGCUGCUCAUUAUUGACAAGAGGCCAUAGCAACAAGCUAUAAUGCUACUUCCAAAGCUUUGCCAAUUUUCUUUUGUCUUGAUUCAUUUUUAAACUGCAUUUAAAACUGAUCUAAUAGUUGUUUACUUAAAUAAUUUACACUCCUAGUUUUGUACUUAUUGAGUGUCUUAUUGUCUGAAACCCAUUCAUUCAAUUAGCAUAACCCAUUUUUCUUUAAGGAAACUAGUUAAUUUUAUAAAUGUAGAGUGUGAUUUAAGUUUCCUGUAUAUUUUCUAUGCCUUGGGGGUUUUUAAAUAUUUUUUUAAAGUGUGUUAAAAUGUAACAUUGGGUUUGUACAUAUUAUAUAUAUCUUAGUGUUUUAAAAUUACAAUUUAUUUUUUAAAUUGUAAUUGACUUGAAUACUAAAAUGUAGGCCUACCAUUAUUCCUAUGUUGGUUUAAUGUGAAGUUAUUUUUUUUUUCCAAAAUAAAAUCUAUCCAAUCUGAGCAAAUGACAGAAGAGUCUUGUUUUAAAAAUAAACUGUCAACAAACCUGGCCAUUAAAAAGAUUGUUACCUGGAUCUUUUGGUGUUUUCAAAUUUAGACACCUGUAUUUUAUUCAACUGUUUUUCUUACCAGUUUAAAAAUAUCAUGUGCCUAGACAUGGAUGUAAUAUGUUUAUAUUUAGUUUACUUCAAACCUCUUGAUGUAAUAUAAUAUGUUUAUAUUUUGCUUACUUCCAACAUUCUCAACCGUUAGACACACAACAGUACUAUGACCAGUAUUGUUACUAGCAUUAUUGGUUGAAUAUUUUAAAAAAUGACAAAUUUUUUUUUAAAAAUCAUAUUUUACUGCUGCUAAAAAAAACUUUGGCCUUACAGUCUGGUCCAAAGAAUUUAUUUACACAUCUACUGCUGUUGCAAUAAAAGUUUUUUGUGUGAAUAUUUUUAUUGUGUCCAAAAAUAUUUAGGUUUCUAUAUAUUUAAAAAAAAUUCAAGUUGUAAAAAAUAUUAUACACUUUAUAUUGUUUACUUUUAAAAAUAUAUUUUGGUGUUGAAUGUGUGCUCUCCCAUGAGUGUAUUUUAAACUUAUAUUGUAUCUCAAGUUUUAAAACUUCAUUAAUUUGUUUCAUGGUGUGAAUGUUUUUUUACUACAAUGUUAAGCUCGAUUUUGUUAAAAUUCUUUUAAAUCAAAUUUAGUAAUUUACAUCUGAGAGAUUUUACUACAAUUUUUGGGCUGCUGAUCCUUACACACCAAAUGGUCAACCUAGUCUAGUCAAUAUGAUUGUUGAGAUGGCUAUUUUUACAUUUUACUAUGCUUAGAUCUAUAUUUUAAUUAAAUUUACUAGAGUGAUAUUUUACUUUAAAUAAAACAAUGUUGUUAAAAGCACAUUAUUUUUAUUUUAGUGAGCAAAUUUGUGUCAAAAGUUUAGAAUUUUCAUUUAAAUGUGCAAACUGAUAUUUUAUACUUAGGCUUAUGAAAUAUAAAUUUAAAUUAAUAUUAAACUAUCCUAGACCAAGAGUCUAUGGCCUGAC